AUGACGGAUACCAUAACUCAUGAGGUUAAGAGAACGCCCUUUCAAGUUGAGAUCUGCCCAUUGCAAUUUUAUACCGUUCGGGCAACACCUAGAUUGGUUGGAUCAGAGUCGUCUUAUAAACUCAGUCCACAGGAAAUCGAAGCUUUAAAUGUGGUUAAGGCGGCGACGCCGAAAAUGGAUAGAAACGGUUACUUCUCUUACGUUUCGUCAACGGCGAAGAAAAAGAAGAUAAACCUGAUGCAGCCACGACCUCCGCGGAUGGCUUUUGAGGAGAAGCGUAGACCAGGAGUGGCUGAGAGGGUCGACAGUACGGGCGCGAACGCCGUGGAGUGUAGACGUGUAGAAUCUAUGACGCAACGGGUUCUGACCGAGGCGCCACGCGCGCGCUUGUUUACGCAACUCGAAAGUUAUCAGCCGCGGUAUCAUACCAUACGUGAGAAUAGUGAAAGAAAAGUGGAGAGUGAGUGUAAAAAGAGGAGAAAUGAACAAAGGAAAGGACACCAGCAGACAGUCAGGUAG